AUAGGAAGCCCCGCCUCCGCUCCGGGCCUGGCCGGCUUCCUCUCCACCCUCGCGAAGCCGGGACCCAGGUCUCUUCGGUCUUUAGGGGAAGUUUAGUCUGAAUCUCGUGACCCGGCUGUGCCGGGACUUUCAGAGUUCAUCACUGUCGCCUCAUGGCAGCACCUAGCUCGCUGCUGCUGGCCGCGCUGCUGUGGGUCCCUGCCGAAGCCCUGAGCUGCUUUGGGGACUCCGGGCAGCCUGUGGAUUGGUUCGUGGUAUACAAGCUGCCGGCGCACAGCGGAUCUGGGGAUACGCCAUGGAAGGGUCUGAUGUAUAAAUACAUGGACCAGAACUCCGAGGGAUGGCAAGACGGUGUAGGGUACAUCAACAGCUCGAAGGGAGCCUUGGGCCUCAGCCUGCAGCCUUUGUACCAAAAGAACUCCAGCCAGCUGGCCUUUCUACUCUACAACGACCAACCUCCUAAGCCCAGCUCAGCUCGGGACACUUCCAGCCAUGGGCAUACGAAGGGUGUCCUGCUCCUGGAUCAAGAAGGGGGCUUCUGGCUGGUCCACAGUGUGCCUCGAUUCCCACCCCCUGCGUCCUCUGGUGCAUACAGCUGGCCUCCUAAUGCUCGAACCUACGGCCAGACCCUACUCUGUGUGUCCGUCCCCUUCACUGAGUUUGCAAGGAUUGGCAAGCAGCUGACCUAUACCUAUCCCAUAGUCUAUGACCACAAGCUGGAAGGCAUCUUUGCUCAGAAAUUACCUGACCUAGAGGAGGUGAUAAAAGGCCACCAUGUCCUCCGUGAGCCCUGGAAUAGUAGUGUGAUACUCACUUCCCAAGCUGGGGCCACCUUCCAGAGCUUUGCCAAAUCUGGAGAAUUUGGAGAUGACCUGUACUCCGGCUGGUUGGCAGCAGCACUUGGCACCAACCUACAGGUCCAGUUCUGGCAAAAUUCUCAAGGCAUCCUGCCUUCCAACUGCUCUGGGACCUAUCAAAUUCUGGAUGUGACUCAGACAGGAUUCCCUGGCCCAUCUGGACCAACUUUCAGUGCCACAGAGGACCACUCCAAAUGGUGUGUGGCCCCUCAAGGGCCCUGGGCCUGUGUGGGCGACAUGAAUCGAAACAAAGGAGAGACACACCGAGGUGGGGGCACACUGUGCACCCAACUGCCUUCCCUUUGGAAGGCCUUCCAGUCCCUGGUGAAAGCUUACAAGCCCUGUGGAGAGGGGAACUAACUGAAAGCCCAGCAGAGCAAAGAACUAAGACUCUGGGUCUAGCCUGGUAGGGUCAGGACUAGCCUUUAUCCCAGUACUUGGGAGGUAGAGGCAAGUGGAUCUCUUGAGUUUCAGGCCAGCCUGGUCUACAGAGAGAGUUCCUGGAGAGCCAGGGCAACACUGUUUCAAGGAGCUGGGGGGUGGGGGG